CUCACUUUUUCUUGUCUCAACUUUAUGAAACCAGCCAAGCCUUGAUUACUCUACUCAUAUCAUAGCAUUUGCUACUGUUUUCCUUUUCAGCGUUUUCUUUUCAAUAUUUUCCCUUGAAGUGUGUUUCAGCUGACAGUGUUUUGUUUUACUAACUUUUAACAGACUAGUUACUCAAACUCACUAAUUUCAAGUUAAAGAAAAAUGGGAGGUGGUAGGGACAAGCAUGAAGGCGAGUCAAGUGACAAAGGGCUGUUCUCUAGUCUCGCUGGCUAUGCUGCUGGACAUUAUCCUCCGCCUGGACCCUACCCUCCACAAGGAUAUCCUCCUCAUGGAUAUCCUCCACAAGGCUACCCACCGGCUGGAUAUCCUCCUCCAGGGGGAUAUCCUCCUCCUGGUGGAUAUCCGCCUGCUGGAUAUCCUCCUCCUGGAGGAUACCCUCCGGCAGCUUAUCCAACUCAUAGUGGACAUCCACCAGCUGGUUAUCCUGGUAUGCUCAAUUACCCUUUAUUUUUCCUAUGGCUGUUUCUUAUUGCUGACAUUAGAUUGAAGUUGUUAAUUCUCCCUAGAGAAGACCUUAUGGUCUUUGAUUUCAGCUCAUGCUUCAAAACAUAACAUUGGAUUUUAAACUUAUGGCUGAUUGUCAUUCUUUUUUGUCUUCUUUCAAUAAAGGUUUUUCACUUUCGCUUUAAAGCAAAAGAAGUCGCAUCAAUUUCUUCUUUGAUGAACUGCAUCCAUUUUCUUUAACCUUCAAAACUCAAAAAGGAUCU